AUGGAGCCUGAAACCGAUCCAAAAAGGGACCAAAGAACUGUUUUUGCGUACCUUAUGUAUUUGAAGGCAACGAAGAGAAAUUUUUAUGAAUUCUUCUCGAAAGCAGGCAAGGUCAUGGAUGUUCGACUAAUAAUGGAAAGAAAUUCAAGGCUGUCAAAAGGGGUUGGGCAUGUUGAGUUCUACGAUGAAUUAGCAUUGCUUACACAGAAGAUAAAUCGCACUGGUAUUGCCAGAAGCAUUGCAGGCUGUCUUGGAGUACCUUUGCUAAAUGGGUCAGCUCCAAAUCAACAAUUCAUUAGCUUGCCUGUCAAUGGGCAAACUACUAUGGGAGCAGCAGCACUUCAAACACCAGCUUUACCUUCCCUUGCCUAUGGUUAG